GAACGUACCUUCCUCUUUGAAUUCGAUACGAAGCCAUAAGAAGCUGAGUCUGAAUUUCAUCCUCUUUGCCUGAGCAUACAAGCCAAUUUACAUAGCGAAGGCAAAAGCACACAGAUGCUCACCAAAAUGGCACCUCGAACUGUCUAUCUCAUCACAUCCCGUCAAGCGCUCUCUCAGCGCGCUCACUUUGCCGUCUUCGUCCCCAAGGAGGCAAACCAAGAGAGGACACCGGCACCCUUAUCCGCGUUGUCGGUGCACCCAUGGUAGGCUCCAACCUCGAGUUCGAUCGCAACUAUGACCCUGUUCUCGCGGGCCCGAAGCACGAGAUGUAUGCAAUUGGCCAAGUCGAUUCUACCAACAUCGUUGACUCCACGACCACCAAGCCGUCCAUCGACAACACACCCCACGGCAACAUUGAAGUGGCUGCCAGUGAGGUGCAGCCUCCCCGGAUCAGUGAGAACUUUAUGGCACCCGUCAACGAGGGGAGAGAUUUGUUCUACGAUCCAUCAUUCAUGGACGAUGACUUACAUGAUUCUCCUUUAGACCACCAACAAGAGAUGCCAGGAGUGGACCAUGGAAUUGUCUGUCACCUCGUCUCGAAAGGUCUGAUCGCGGCAGAUGCCAUUGAAAUUGUCCAGUCAAAGCGUGACUCUCCAACCCAUGGAAUCGGUCUGCAGUCUGUUGGACAACGUGGAGCAUUGGAAACACAGGGUCCGCGAUAAAAGGGCAAGCAUAUUGUCUGUGAUCUGUGAGAAGCGCAAACUUUUAUGCGGCUUGUUUUAUUCUGGCUCAUUUGACUACCUGUCGUGGUGGUCUUGUCACUUAGCUAC